AUGUUUUACUUCCACUGUCCCCCUCAGCUGGAUGGAGAAUGUUGUCGGACUAAUACAUUGAACACCAACGGGUUUCCCAACCAUUCGUCAGCAGGUGAUUUUGAUGACGGCUUUCUGCGGAGAAAACAGCGUAGAAAUAGAACAACAUUUACACUGCAACAGUUGGAGGCUUUGGAGGCUGUAUUCACACAGACUCACUACCCCGAUGUUUUCACACGUGAGGAACUGGCCAUGAAGAUUAACCUGACUGAGGCACGUGUCCAGGUGUGGUUCCAGAAUCGUAGGGCCAAGUGGAGGAAGACUCAGAGAGGGAGUACAGACCCCGACGGAGGUAAGGAGCAGAUUAACGAGGGAGGCACUCCUCCGUCCAGGAGUCUGAACUCCCAGUCUCCUGUGGACCAGAGCAGGAAACAGAAGGAACCUCUGGAGAUGCAGCAGAGUAUAAGCCGAGCAGUAGGUCCUGGUGGGCCGUUCUUCCCAUCCUGUCUACCAGGGACCCUCCUGAACUCAGCCACCUAUGCCCAGGCACUGUCGCAUGUUGCCACAAUGAAGGGAGGUGGUCUGUGUUCUUGCUGUGUUCCUGACCCCAUGGGCCUGUCCUUCUUGCCCCCCUACGGUUGUCAGGGUAACCGUACAGCCAGCGUGGCAGCCCUGCGGAUGAAGGCCCGUGAGCACUCCGAGGCCGUCCUGCAGUCAGCCAACCUGCUGGGGAAUGGCCAUGGGCAUGGCGCUGGAGUAGGAGGCCUGCCCAGGGUCGGGGGUGGGUUGAAAAGGCCCAGGAUGGAACCUGUCCUGGGAGUCAUAUCUGGAUCAGUGUCUGGUGUUUCUGGAGCCGUGGGGGGAGGAGCAGGGGGCGGACUUACUCUCAGCCCAGGCUCCAAGGCCCCGACUCAGGGUAGAGGGUCUGACAUGCAUCGCCUCUGCCCCAAGGAACCACUGGAGAAAAAGUGA